GUAGUUGUGUAUCACAAUAAAAAAAAAAAUUGUAUCAAUAUUCAGAACUGGGACUUGGUUCUUAUGGGGUAAUAUUACUUUUAGAAAUGACAGAAAUGUCCUGUACAAGUAGUUAAAAACUAUAAAUGUUAGUUUUAGCUGCAUUUACCCUGUCCUCAUUCAUUGAGGAUUCACUCACAGGCUCCCUCUAGCAGCAUUUUCUGAUAUAACAGGGGAGAUAGGGAGUGGUCAGACUCGCCAUAAACCGACUCACACUUCGCAAAAAAUGUUUUUACAGAUUUUUUUUUUCUAUUUUGUCAGUUUUUAAAAAAAUAAGAUACACUUUGAAGCAACAAAUAAACUAAACUCAUUGGUUCAGAGUUCAAACGUCCUUUUCACACAAACACGAACAGAAAGCCACUCCCACAGAAAGAGAAAACUCUGGAGAAACAAAAGUAGAAUCUCCCUCUUUUCCUGUUUGGUCUGUUUGUCUCUGUGAGGGUAGUAAAAUGGCAGAAGCUGCUCUGAAAACGCUGGACACUCUUAGCUGUCCUAUCUGUCUGGAUCUGCUGAAGGAUCCAGUGACUAUUCCCUGUGGACACAGUUACUGUCUGGGCUGUAUUAAGGACUGCUGGGGUCAGGAUGAUCAGAAGGGGGUUUACAGCUGCCCCCAGUGCAGACACAUUUUCAGCCCAAGGCCUGUUCUCAACAAGAACACCAUGCUGGCUGAACUAGCUGAGAGUCAGAGGAAGAAGAGGCUUCAAGCUGCUCCUGCUGCUGCUGUUUCUGCUGCUGCAGUUUCUCCUGUUGGAUCUGGAGGUGUGGAGUGUGAUAUCUGCACUGGAACAAAACAAACAGCAGUUAAGUCCUGUCUGGUGUGUCUGCUCUCCUUCUGUGAAGCUCAUAUUCAGCCUCAUUAUGAAUCUCCUGGCUAUAAGAAGCACAAGCUGGUCGAAGCCUCCGUGAACCUGCAGGAGAAGCUCUGCUGUCGUCAUGAUAAACUGCUGGAGGUUUUCUGUCGCUCUGAUCAGCAGUGUAUAUGCCUUCUGUGUGUGAUGGAUGAACACAGUGGCCACAAGACCGUGUCAGCUGCAGCAGAAAGAGAUGAGAAACAGAAGCAGCUGAUGGAGGCUCAGAGGGAAUCUCAGCUGAGAAUCCAGCAGACGGAGAAGAAACUGCAGGAUCUGAGAGGGGCUAUGGAGACACUUAGACGCUCUGCACAGGCUGCAGUAGCGGACAACGAGAAGAUCUUUACUGAACUGAUUCAGUCCAUUGAGAGAAGACGCUCUGAGAUGAACGAGCUGAUCAGAGCUCAGGAGAAGGUCGAACUGAGUCUGGCUGAAGAACUCCAAAAGAAACUGGAGCAGGAGAUUGCUGAUUUGAGGAGGAGAGAUUCUGAGCUGAAGAAGCUUCUGGACACAGAAGAUCCCAUAAAUUUCCUCCAGUGUUUCCAGUCUCUUUCUUCUCCUCCACAAUCUGCAGGAAUACCCCAAUUCCCAAUCAGUCCACUAUUCUCCUUGGAGAAACUGAAGAAAGCUGUCACUGAAGUAAUGGAACAAGUGGAACCAAAACUUGUCACAUUUUCUGGAGGGUUUAUUUCUUCAUCCUUGACAGCUCCUAGUCAGAGAGUACCACCAGGUUAUUUCCAUUUAUCACAGACUAGAGAUGACUUUCUGAAAUAUGCCUGUCAGCUCACUCUGGAUCCAAACACAGCAAACCCACAGCUUGCUCUGAGUGGGAGGAACAAAAUUGUGACAGUGAUGCACCUGCCCCGACCUUAUCCACGUCAUCCAGAGAGAUUUGACAGAGUUCAGCAAGUUCUCUGUAGAGAAAGUCUGUUUGGACGCUGUUACUGGGAGGCUGAGUUUAGGACCGGUAAUGUUAAUAUUGCAGUCUCUUACAAAAACAUCAACAGGAAAGGGGAAGAUAGUGAGUCAGGAUUUGGGUCUAAUGAUCAGUCCUGGAGUCUGAUCCACCGUGGCUCCAGGUUCCUUUUCAAACACAAUAGAGAAGAGACUGCAGUACCUGUGGUCCCCAACAGCUCCAGGAUAGGAGUGUAUGUAGAUCAGAGUGCUGGAAUUCUGUGCUUCUACAGCAUCUCUGACACAAUGAACCUCCUCCACAGAGUCCACACCACCUUCACUCAGCCCCUCUAUGCUGGGUUUGGGGUUUAUGGUUAUGAUCAUUUUGUUCAAAUAUGUGAGCUUAAAUAUAAUACAGAUAAAAGCUGAUCAUGUAUUGUUCUACAUACUUGAGAGUAAGUCUAUAAAAAAUACUGUUUAGCCUUUGACAGAAUAUUAGGCUUUGUUUAGAUGCAGGCAUGACAGAUUUGUUACUGAAAUCAGAUCUGUUAGUCUAAUUUGACUAAGACACAUCUGUCCAAAUCCAAUUUAAACAAUCGCACCUCCAUUUCAUGAACCUUGAUUUUAUGUGGUUAUUGACUAUUCAAAAUCAAUCUAGAUACAAUCCAGAUUUGGGCUGGCAAUCUGAACAAAGCCAAAAGAAAACUGCAUAUUCAACUCUGUCCUGCGAGUCCUAAACACUAAUGUGUACAUUUAUGUAAUACAUAUUUAAAUGUAUUUUCCACUGUGUAUUUCAGAAAUAAACUGAACAUAUCAAACACA